CGGAUACAUCGAGGGCUCGGAGCUGGACGGGUUCCUGAAGGAGUUUGUGUCAUCUGUGAACGCCAACGACUCGGGGUCAGAGUCUGUUUCGGACACGAUGCUGGCGGAGCUGAAGGAGUGUUUCAUGGAGGCGUAUGACGACAACCAGGACGGCAAGAUUGAGAUAAGAGAGCUCGCACAGUUGCUGCCAAUGGAGGAGAACUUCUUGCUGUUGUUCCGCUUUGACAACCCUCUGGACUCCUCCGUCGAAUUCAUGAAGAUAUGGAAAGCUUACGACAAAGACAACAGUGGGUACAUAGAGGCUGACGAGCUAAAGAACUUCCUGAGGGACCUCCUGAAGGAAGCCAAGAAGGACCAAGAUGUUUCUGAGGACAAGUUAAUCGAGUACACGGACACCAUGCUUCAAGUCUUCGACCAAAAUAAAGAUGGGAAACUCCAACUCUCCGAAAUGGCCAAAUUGUUGCCGGUCAAAGAAAAUUUCCUGUGCCGUUCGGUAUUUAAGGGCGCGUCCAAGCUCACCAAGGAGGACAUCGAGCGCGUCUUCGCACUGUACGACAGGGAUAACAACGGCACCAUCGAGAACGAGGAGUUGAAUGGGUUCCUGAAAGACCUGUUGGAGCUGGUGAAGAAGGACUACGACGCGCUGGACCUGCAGGAGUUCCAGGACGCCAUCAUGCGGGGCUGCGACUUCAACAAGGACGGCAAGAUCAACAAGAAGGAGCUCACCAUGAUCCUCCUGGCACUGGCCCGACACGGAACCGAUGACGAUGCGCAACCUGGUGCAGGAGGAAUGGCGGGCGCCAACCCCCUGGCCGAGAUCGCCUCCAUUGGCAUGAAGGCCCUCAAGCUGCAGAAACUACGCGUCCGCCACUUUGUAACCCGCACCCUUGGCACCAACAGCACUACCACCAGUUAGUUCCCUGAAGGCCUGCAUUAAGUCACCGAGGGAUAAGAAGGCGUAUUGUAUGCUGUAGUGGUAUUGUAGAUGGUGGAGGGUCUUGAGACGAAGGGGACAGCAUUGAUAGGAUAACUCUAGUAUUUUCGCGUGGUUGUCAGGUUGUUUGGGAGAUGGCAAGAGUGCUCAUGGAAGGGUUGCGGCGCCAACUAUAGGGAAGGGUUUUUGCUCACCGCGUAGCGUCUCGUUGUAGCGUGAAUAGCAUGUUUCGAGAUUCUACUUUGGUCGUAUGUUAGUGUUUAAGGUUUGCUGGAGGGUAAGAGAGUGCUCGAGAAGGAAUCAGAAAGUGCACACGGUAUAGGUGCAGAAAAGUGCGUCCCAUAACGACAACUUAUUUUCACCCUUCUCCAUCUGGGCUGUUUUACCCUUGGUUCAUUUGUGUUGCCGCAGUGGCUUAGCCCUCGCGGCUGGCAUGGUCCAGCUCUUUUUCUUUAUGUACUGAGCAUGUCUGGUAACGAGCAUGAUGAAGACCUCUCCCUUAGCUCGGAGACGUCCAUCUGUCUUCGUCUCCCAGGACUAAAUUAAUUUAGCUUCACAGCCGCUGGUACUAUCCAUUCUUCCUGUCGCUCUCUUACUCACUAUUUGAAUCACUUAAGAUUACCUGCCUUGAGGGGAAGUUCUGUAAAUUUUCAGGGAUAUUCAGUUUGUUUGCCCAUUGUUUAUAUUUUUGUAUGUGUAUUGAUUUAUGAAUAUGUCUUCAUUAUUGUUUAUUAUUAUCUAUCAUCAUCAGUGUGUGUGUGUGUGUGUGUGUGUGUGUGUGUGGUGCGCACAUACGUGCGUACGUGCGUGCAUGCGUUCCUGGUAAAGGUUGCCGCCUACUGCUGUCUGCGGGUCAGGCUUGGUUCACGAGAUAGCACUGGACCCUUUGCCUUGGUGUUGUCAAGCCUGAACAUACACUUAGUGAAAACCUUGCAUAGUCAUUGUCAUAUACAUUUCAUCAGUGUAAUAUUCACAAAGUCAGCAUCUGAGGCAAUAGAUCUCGCUGAGCCAACCCCUGCGAGCCAACCCGCAAGCAGCGCCUCUUGUUUGCUCGUUGGCCCGCCGUGACCCGGGGCUAGCGGCCUUGGGACAAGUAGACUUAGUAUUUUCAUUAUUACCUUCAAAACUAAUUUGCAUCAGUUCUCUACAAGAGUAAAAUUUAUGGAACCUUAUUGAAUCAAUGAACGACAGCGUAUGUUUAUUUCACAAAAUGUACCUUUUUUUUAUUAAUAAAGCAAAUUGUGGUAUGCAGCAAGUGAAAGGCAGUCAGUGAAGCAAAUAAGCUGCAAUGUUUUGAAGAAAUUAAGUCAUAAAGCUUGUGUAUCUUCUCUUUACUUCCUUUCUUUACUCUCUUAGUGGAGACGCGGGACAGCCCAGGAGGCAGGCCACACCCUUAUCCUCAACCUGCAAAUACAGUUUUGCACAAUCUUUCUAAUCAUCUUUCCAACUUUUGAAGUGGUCUUCUUGAUCCAUAUCCUACUGCAAAUAUCUUUAUACAACAUAUGUUGAAAUGUAAUAAAAUGCUGAUUUUCCGAAAGCCCAUCAGCAGUGAAAGUGGUAAUAGCUGUUGUUAAUCCUGCCGGAAGGUGUAACACACGCGGGAGUAGACUGUUUUCUGGUGUAGCGGGGGCCAGGAGCAGUGCGACGGGCGGUGGAGCCUUGGCGUAUGCAAGGCCUCGCCGUAGUUUAGCAAGUCAUCAAAAUCAUUAGGUGGGAGAGUGGUAACCUUCACUCUGCGUCGUGCUGCUCCGUGCCCUUCUCCGCGUCGCGUUGCCCCUUCCAGGCCAUAUAAUAUAUAAAUAGGUGUUAAAACGUUAUAUUAAAGUCUCUUAGGCAUAAUUCAAUACAAGGAAGUUGAUGUAAAUUACGUAUACUUAAAAUCUUUUGAACCGUAAUGAUAACUGAUCACUGCCAGGCAGCGGGUGGGCGGCAGGCAGCCCGUCACCCCCGGAGCCUCGCCGCCCACGCGCGCCGGCGGCCCCGUGCAUGAAGUACUUGAUCAUGUCCAAAUAAUCGAGAAAAGAAAAUAGUGUUCCUUUCAGCAAGUGGUGAUAUAAGAUUAUACUUUCUUGUUACUUAUGUCUGUGUUGUUCUAAAAAGUGGUGUGACAAAAACAGAAAUAAAAUAAGUAUAUUGUCCUGCGCUGACGCGGUGGUGCCAGAGGCAAGAAAGGGAUGUUGCUUGUAAGAAAAAAAAGGUCUGCUUGGCUUGAGGUAAAUGAAGAAAACUGUUGAAUAUCUUAAUGUCAUAUAAAUGUAUCAUCAUAUGAAUCACAUCGUCGCUUCCUAAUCUGGCACCACCAGUAAGAUCUGGCAACACUGAAAACCUUUGUGCGUCCCUGAGCUAAAUCGUGUCAAGCAGUGAGCGUCCUGGUCAGCCAUCUCCUAAGGCCUCGAGCACAAACUGAACAAUGGUUGUCGGGUCUUUGACUUGUAUUCGUUUCACUUCAUUAAUGUACUACCAGUUUUCAAUAACAAAUAAAAUUCUUCUGUUAAUAA